AUUCGAGUGCAAUCAAUCGAGCUUCCUCCCCAAUUUGACUGUCACCGGCUGGCUUCAAUCUUCCGCGGUAAUCGCGAUCAUUGGGUGGAAUUCGUCGAUCUUCGUGGUAUACGAAACGAUCAUCGGGAAUCAGCCAACAAUUGGCAAAAAUUGUGCUUCCGAUAUGGGGCGCCAGCCCCAACGAUCACAUCUCCAGUUCGUUCGAUCAAUCCCAGCAUAAGUAACUUCGACCUACAAGACCCGAAGCAGUCGAUCUUCAAGCGUCUCGAAGCGUACGACGCACCCGCACCUCCGCCACCAGUGUUCAAACCAGUCUCCGCUGUGAACCCCGUCGAUAUUGUCUCCCUUUCUGCCAGUGCCCUAAUCUCUAUCGUAAAAUCCGAAUUUUCCACCCUGAAUUCCUACGCGAAGAAAGAAUUUCACGUUCUAUACAACGAGCACCUACAGCUGGAUUCACAGUAUCUCGAGUUGAUAAAGAAGCUCUACAUCAACGAGGAGAAACGAGUGUGGAAGGAAGCCAGCUGUUCGAUGCUUUGCAGGGGGGUUAAGAAAGUCACGAUCGAGUGUAGGGAAGCGAAGCUGGUCGAAAGUGUGAGUGCAACCAUCGUGGAAAAUCGUUCCGUUCACGAAGCCACGAUCAAGCGAGAGUGUAAAAUUCCCGAUGGCGUUGUGAGAGCUACCGUGAGGCUCGAUGCCUUUCUCAGGCAACUAGUGGAAGUUUAUCUGGAAUUGAAGGGCAGUGGGGAUUUUAAGAUAUGCGACAAAAUCAGCAAGGUGGCGACAACAAUGUUUUACGAAUUCGUGGAUAAAAUGAACGAUUACAACCAGCUGUGUCCUGUGACGAAGGCGGCCUGUUCGCUGGAAAUUUCGCAGCUUGGGUUCUUUAUGAAGGAAAAUCAAAACGAGGAAGGAAUUAAGCUACUUAAUAUUGCAUUGAAGCGACCGGAAUUGGUGAGUCUGAUCACUGAACUGCUGGUACCGGCCAGCUGUCCGCCACAGUUUUUCCUGCGAAUGUACGGUUUCAUCAUUGAUUCGCACAUCAAGAAGUGCGAUACCCAGGUUCUGUUUGUGCUGCUUUCGAAGUUCGAUAUCAUCGCUUGGAUGAACCGGUACCGGCCGAAGCUGGUUGAUGUUAAUCAGCUAGCGGAAUCGAUUCUCCGAGGGCUAGAGGGAUGGAACCAGCCGGAUGCCGUGCUUAUUCAAGAUCUCCUUCAGCGCCACCUGAUACAUCUGUUCGAGUAUGACUUUCCGGAGCAUUACGGCGACAUCUUACAGAUAAGUUUGGUUGCUUCUUCGAAGAAAAAGAUAAUGCCGAAGGUUCUGCUGGAACUGAUCAAUUCGAUGCGACGCAUGGUCGGUUGUAAGCCGCUGGCCUUCGGGCUCGAUUUGGAUGUUUUGUUGGAAGAAUUUCGCGAAUUUGCUACUAAGCAAAGUAUUCUCUCGUACAAGGAUAUCAUUGAUACGACCGUUUUGCUGACCCAGCACUUUCAGAAGGAACGACUGAGCCACGGCUUGCACGGGUUGUACCCGAAGCAUAGUGAUUACUGCGGGGUGUUGUCGUUGCUGUUGGGUACGAUGGGACAUGCGGCGGUGGUGGCCGCUGUUCACACCUAUCCGGGAGUGUUGGCCGAUGAUCUCAUCAACUGGUUAUGGCCCUCGCUAUGCGACAUGUUCUCCCCGUGGCUUAUCCCGUACUUCCCGCAAAACAUGAAACAGAUAGCAAACUGGAUACAGCAGGUCGUUAGCGGCAGCUCAAUUCUACCCCCGUGGAGCGAACUUCACACCGACACCGCCUUCCGGAUGAUCAUAAUGUUCCAGCAUUGCCUACAGUACCUGAUGGACACAUUCCCGUCCAGCAGUGCCGUCCUAGGACACCUCUUCUACUGGUACGAACUGAACUUUGCCCAUCCGGUCUGUCCCCGGUUCGUGGUCGUUCCAAUUCAUACCCAUCUGAUGAACCUAGCCUGGGAUCGGUUUCGACCCGCCCCGGUUCACAUAACCGGCUUCAGCCGCAUCCUCCAGCAGUUCAUCCCGGAGAGUCAUCUCUUCGUGGGUCACAUCUUCAUCCGGAUCGCGUGGACACCCUGGCUGCAACAGAACAUACAAUCCUGGGACUAUCAACUCCGCUAUCAGAUGCUAUCAUCACUGUUGAUGAUCUUCGUCAAAAUAUCCUACGAACCGAACGCUCGGGAUGGACUCAAGAUUGUCACACUGCUGCAGGAAGCCUGUGACUAUCCGUGGUAUCUGCUGGAAUACCAAGGUAUCGAAGCGGUUCUCGAUUGGUUCGUCCUGUCGGCGGAACCCUCCGUAGUUCUAAAAAUGCCAUCGGAAAACGAAGCUGUCGACAGUGCCGUCCUGGAUUUGCUUCAGGUCGUCUCGGCUAUGAAAUUCAAUCCAAGCAAUCCGCUGGAGUCGUCCACGUUACAGUCACAAAUACAAACGAAACGAAUUCUGUACGUGAGAACCACGGUUCGACUGUUGAAUGCGUGUGGAUCCAAGUAUCAGAAAUUGCUGGGAACGAAACAGGGUCUACAGGCGUUUCAGAAUGCUGUGUUGGGACUGUUGAACACGAUCGAGACGGUACUGUUACAGAUUAGGUCUGUUAAGGAUCGCGAGUUUGAUGCGAAGAAUCUUAUGGCCGAAGUGGUUGUAUCGUUACAGUCCCAAGGGGAGUACAGUAGGAAAUUUUUCAUUGAGGCCAUUAUCUUGUGGACGGAGAACUGCCGAACCAGUGACAGCUACAUCAUUCCCUCGAUUCUAGAAGCCAUCGGCUUGUGUAAAAGUUUCACUGUUAAUCUGUACUACUUGUUGGAGGAAAUGAUCUACCAUCACUUCAGAAUGUCCUGGCGGGGACAAACAACGAACGAAGGUGCUCCGAUUUUGGACGCAUCCUGGUCAAAAUUAGUGCACAAAAUUGGACCCAGAACCAUAAGAGGUUUCGAUCAGAAUACCCUGGUGAAAAAUCGGUAUUUACUAGGACUGCAUCUGUUGACGUUGCAGCAACUGCAAGAGGCACCGAGCUGCGGCGAAAAGGUUUUGGUUCUUGAAAGAUUAUUUCGAUUGAUAGAGGACUUAAAAGUGAGUGAAACGGACGAAACCAAGCUGAUCCUGGUUUGGAGCAUGAUGGUUGUGGUUGGCGUAGAGAUCUGGAAAAACGACACCGACAGUCAUAAGCAUCUACUGACCCUUGCACGCCAUCUGCAAACUUGCUCCAAGGAUUCGGACGGUUGGGGAGAAGGACUACUAGGUGCCAUUGGUAUCCGCAAGGACGGUGUUAGUAUUCGACGGAAGGUACUGGCCAAGUGUCUUUCCUGCAUUGUGUUUCUGCUAUUCGGAGAAGACGCAUCGGAAGUGGUCGAGGCCAAAGAAGGCCCUCCCUCGAUUGGUGUCAGCAACCGGUGCCGGGAAUACGUACAGGCCAUGGGUGACCUGAAGCUGACGCUGGGUAACAAAAGGUAUGCCGACGUGCACGUUAAAACACGAGCAGCAAUCAAUUUGAUUGAGAAUACCGCUAUGGUGACGCACAUCGGACAGAAUGUGUUCAAGAUUUUGCGGUUGUUUUGUGACGAACAUUUCUUUCAUUCGGUGGAAGAGGUUUGGAAGGCAUUGUGAACGGUAUGUUUAUAUUAUUUGAUCCCUAAUCAUAGCUGAUAUUUUUGAACUACAGAAAGGAGAAAGUUUCUCUGAGGAACUGCUAAAAACGGAUUUCUUUGUUCUAUAUAAACACUUAUUUUAAAAGCGCCUAGCAUAUUUUAUUCGCAACAUACAGCUUGUUAUUGGCUUAUUGGGCUGUGAAACAGAA